AUGCCCAACCACCAUGGCCACAAGUCUACUGGGAAUCUGUCAAGGGAACCCUUUUGCUGCUUUUCCUAUUACAAAGGCCAGCAAAUCGGCAAGGUGGUCCAGGUGUACAGAAAGAAGUACGUCAUCUACAUCGAGCGGGUGCAGCGCGAGAAAGCCAAUGGAACCACUGUCCAUGUGGGCAUUCACCCGAGCAAGGUGGUCAUCACCAGGCUGAAGUUAGAUAAAGAUCGGAAAAAAAUUCUUGAGCGCAAAGCCAAAUCUCGACAGGUUGGAAAAGAGAAAGGCAAAUACAAGGAAGAGCUUAUUGAGCAAAUGCAGGCAUGAGCACGGGCUGCUGUGGAACACAGCGGAGGGGGAGAUGUCUGGCCUGAUGCGCGUUUCCUGGGAACUUUCCUCAAGAUGCGUCUGGAACGUUUCGUUUCCCUCUUGUUCAGCGCUGGAUGUGUGGCUUUGUAACUAAUUUCAUGAGUAAAAAUUUGGAAUGUUUCCUCAUUGCAAAUGGUGUUUUCAGUAUUUGUAAAUAAAAUCCAUCUAUCAAGU